AUGCGCGUGAAAGAGGAGGGGGGACGGUUCAUGGGGGGUGACACAUGUAAACAGACUGAGACCUCCUCCUCCUCCUCCUCACAGGUAAGAACAUCUCACCAGGUGAGGAGGAGACCUGGAAACACGGUCAUGUCCUCAAGUUUGACUGUGGGGAGGAUUUAACGCACAACAACUAUUAGAGUUUACUCAGACUCUAACAAACACUGAACAAAACUAAAGAUACUCUUUAUAAACUCUGAACACAGACCACACCUACAAAACACAACUGGACAAAUGAAUCAUUUCCUUCUCAAAAACACAGUUUGUUAAAGAUGUUUUCCUCAGGAUCUGAGGAAGUUCCAGUUUUUAGGAGAAAUCUUGAAGGUAAACUCUACCGCCUCCCAACCAGUUUAAUACCACUACUGUAGAUGCCAACAGACUACCAGCAAACACAAUGUUUGCAGGACUUCUACAACGAGGAUAAAGUGACAUAGUCCAGGACCCGAGGGAGGACAGUUUAGCGAUGGCGCUACAACACGCUACAGCAGGUCUGUUUGACAAGAAACACUUCUGUUACAGACACUUGUCUUACUUUGUUAAAGCGGUUUACCUGUCCAGCAGAAAGGUUACAGGGUCACCAAGAUCCCCAAGCGUCCCCCAUCGUUUAUGUUGACCCGGCUUUUUAGCUCUUGUCCGGUCUACCUCCGUUUUAAGCGCCCGUUAUUCCUCCAGAGUCUCCGGUAUUUACUUUGUUUUCUUGCUUGUGUCGGCAGUCGUGGCCAAAGGAGGAUUCAGACAAUUUUCCGAACUUUCUGGUUGGUUUCUACUGUCCGAUAUUGUAGCACGCUAACUUUGUUUGGGCUCCUGAACGACACGGGGGAGCAGCGUCUGCCUCACAACCAAUCAGGUUAGAGGAGGUGGAGAACGGCUUUGUUUACAGUCAGAAAGAGCGGACCGCUCAAAAAUGUUCAACUGUUGACGACACAGACAUAAGAGAACACAGAGAUAUCGAUAUAUUACCAAAUAUCAUCAAUAACUAAUAACUAUUGACUGAUAUUAGAAGAUUUUUUGUAUUAAAACCACAAAAUAAAAAGAUGCUUCUUUAACAGAUUCCUGCCUACAACACCUUUAAUUAUAAACUAACUCUUCAUUUCAAAAUAAAACACAUCUUGUAUAUUAUGUGUAUGUUGUCAGUGUUUUACUGUCUCUGUCAUGUUGUUUGUACUUUUAACAUUAUUGCUUUUAUAUUUAACAUCAACCUGCCGAUGGGACUGGGGAUGGAAAUUAACCAUUUGGCUAUAAUCCCACAUAUUUACAUGUAAAUGUUCAUCAAUAUUUAUUGUCCCCAUUUCUAAAAUAAAUAUAUAGAAAUAGAAAAUAUUAGAGGCAUGUUAAUAAUGUUGACAAAAAAGUCAAUUUGUCACACGAUCACAAAGAGAUCAGGCCUGGAUGUUUUAAAUGUCUUUAAAAAACACUAAAGCAGUGAAGUUAAACUUUAAAUUUAUAUCAAACAAUAAGAAAAAAAACCAUUUCUGCUCAUUUGACAUAAUUAACACAAAACAAAAAAAAACUUCCUCUCAUAUUAAACUAAUUUCUUCCUCUGUCUCCUCUCUCUGUCUGCAGCAGAUGUUACUCCUGUCUCCAUGUCUCUGCCAAACUCUGCUUUCAUGUCCCCUUGUGGCCAAAUCCCGAACUGCAGCCAGUUUUCUUAUUCCUGCCCAUCUGUCAGUUUCACAGGCAAAGUUUCACAGUGGUUUGCUUUCCCCUGUGUGUGUGUGUGUGUGUGUGUGUGUGUGUGUGUGUGUGUGUGUGUGUGUGUGUGUGUGUGUGUGUGUGUGUGAGUGAGAGAGAGAGAGAGAGAGAGAGAGCUGAAUUCUCCAAAUGAAGAGUCUGGAUACAUGUGGGUUCAAUGUGUUUCUAUGAGUCACACACUCUCUCUCUCUCUCUCUUUCUCUCUCUCUCUCUCUCUCUCUCUCUCUCUCUCUCACACACACACACACACACACAGUUUGAAGUAAAUAAACAUCCUCACUGAUGGUUCGUUUGUCAAAUGAAGGUAGCAGAGUCCUUCAGUGCCUACAUGUCCCAGAAUGCACCUCCCUCAGCCAUGACUGACUCUAGUUUACCUGGAGGUAAACUCUCUUUAAUAAACACACCUGAACAUCCUGCUCAUGUUUCCUCCAUCCUAACAUCGUCUGCAGUUUGAACUUUAGGAGGAAAGUGAAUUUAACACUCUAAGAAGAAAAACACUAUUUAUUAUCUCUUAAAAUAUAUUCUGUUACUUUGUUUUUAGAUUUUAACCCUCCAGUGUUUCCUCAUCUUGAGUUUUAAAAUGAUGUUUCCUCAGUGCGCACAGUAAAGCUCUUUUUAAGUUCAUCCAUUUUAAUUCUUAAUUAAGGAGUUAAAUUACCAGAAAAAAGUUGUUUUCUGAUUAAAGUCGUUAUGUUGACUUACUUUUACAAGUGUGAGAUUAAAGUCAUUAUCUGAUAUUUAACCAGAUUUAAUACGAUAUAGAGAAUAAAGUCAGAAAAAGGUCCUGACUUGUACGAUCACAUGACUCUACCUCUACAUUAGUGAUGUUUGUAUGAAGCUGUAUGUUCUUCUCUGUUCGGCUCCAUUAAAGGGAGGUAACUGGUUUCUGUCUGCGUGAGUUCAGUCCCGUAUGUUCAUGUAGACGAUGAGUGACGUUGGCUUCAUGAAAUCCUCAGUUGUGUCUCUCUCUGCUGUGUGUGUUUGUUUGAGUCUGUCAUGAUCGUGUGUGACGCGGACGCCGGCUGCUGCAGCGGUCAGGACGUUUCAGCUGACGGUUGAUAUGAGCUCAUUCCUGCUGCAGAGCUGAUGGAGUGAUCAAAACCUUCACCGUCUGUCAGGGUCUGGCACUCCGACCUUCAGAACCUCAAGAACCCAGCAGCAGCAGCAGCAGCAGGCCUGCAGGUGGCUCCAUCAUUACAAACACGUGUCCCACAUGGAUGAGGACUUUAAAGUCCAACAAAUCAGGUUUUCUCCAGACUAUAAACUCUUUAAUUUACCCUCUGGGCUGUUAGACAGACUUUGUACACUAAAACAGAUUCAACAUAUUUAUGAGUUACUGAAAGAUGACUGUUCCUGUUCCCCUUCAAAAUAAAAUGACGCUCAAAGGAUUUUCAAACUAAAGACACAAACUUUGACAUUUUAGGCUCAGAUCUUGGAUCCUGAACGUUUUCACAUUUUUCAGCAGGAAAAACAAAAAUAAAACAAUGAAGUGAUCGAAUUUAAUAUGGAACAAUAGCGACUAUAAAACUGUUAAAAGGAUUCUUACUGAUAAAAUUUACCAUAAUUUUUAAAACAUAAAAAGCCGUCCCAGCUAAUUUUCAUGUAGAUCCAAAAAAAAAAAAAAAAAUAUAUAUAUAUAUAUAUAUAUAUAUAUAUAUAUAUAUUAUCACAUUAAACACUUUCUGUGUAAAAUACAAAAGGGUUUGAUUGAUUGUUUAUCAUUUGAAAGUCUUGUUUACAUUUUUUUUAUGUUACUAUCUUAUUUUAUUGUUUUGUUAUUGUUUUUUUUUUUUUCGAAAUAUUAAUUUCAGUCGUUGUACUUAAAGCUCCUGUAAGGAUCUUUUGGUUUGUCAGUUUUGGCACCCCUUACAGGAGCUUUAACUCGACUUUAUUUACAUAUCACCUUUAAUUCAAAAACAGAAAGUGCUUCAAAAAAUUAUAAUUAAAAUAAAAAGAAUUUAGAAAAGCCAAUUUGAACAAGUUAAAGUUGAAUAAAACAGAAAUUGACAAUGAUUAUGAUAAUAAAUCUGUUGGAAAAUCCAUAAAAGUUUGACUGACACUGUCGACUCACUUAAAAAAAUUUUUUUAAAAGGUCUUCAGGUUUUUCUGCUGCACAUUUUGUCUCAUACUGGACACCGUAGUUCAUUUUUAUGUGUAGGUCAGCGUUAUAAAAACCUGUUUAAAGUGAAUUUUGAAAUACUUCAAGUUUAUUCAGGUGUUGAGCUACAAUUGUGUUACUCAGCGCCCCCUACAGGCCUUUUAGCAUUUUUGACAGGCCUCUAAAAAUGCUGAUUUGAUUCUGUUUUAUUUGCAGCAGCUUUCUACUUUUGAGCGUUUUGUCUCUGGAGCAUCAGAAUAUUCAAAGCACAGAUUGUUGGCCCUUGUCAGCCACCGUACAGGAGACUUUACUUUUAUUUCCAAUAAACGGUGAUAAUCCAGAUUAAGAGUCGCGUUUGGAUGAAGAUCUCCCUUUGUCUCAUCUUCUUGUUUUUGUUCGUCUCUGCAGAGGUGAGCAGGAAAACAUCCUCCAAGAAUAAGGACCCCAGGGUGACAGUGAAGAUGAAGAUGAAGAUGAAGAGUCCUCCUCCUCCUGCUCCUCCUCCUCCUCCUCGGGGUGAGUGAAGCGUCAGCAGGAUUUCAGAGGACCCGGGUUGAGAGCUGCUGAGUCAGAGCGACAGAAAUCAGGACUCCUCAGACUGAAACCACAGAGCUGAGCGAAGGAGCGGCUCGUCCAGCUGACAAACAAACGUUCUGGAUCAUGGCGCUCUUCUUCUUCUUCUGUCAUGGAAACGUGUCAUUACAGCGAUCAGAUCAGAGCGGAUGA